AUGAAAGCUUGGCUUCAGGUAGUCGAUUGGUACUUUUAUCGGCAUGAUCCCGGGGAAGACGUUAGCGCUUCUCCCGCUUGCUUCAUACCGAAGCGCGAAGCUUCUUGGCAGCCCGACGAUCCACCGGAGCCUUCGCCCCGAGACGCGUAUUGUCAGCAACGACUCCUGGUCUCAGAGGACGAAUCAAAGGAGAGUCUACAUGCUGGCCCUAGUUCGUCUUCUUUAGAUUAUCCGAUCGUUGAGGAGAUACCGCGCGAAUGCUGGUUUCCUGGGAAAGUUAAUUUGAAUCUGGAUACGGAUACGGCACGUACCAGUGAAGUUACCGAUUCCCAAGAUUAUGACGAUAGUGGAACAUCGUUAAAACGCAUUUCCGAAGACAUACUGGCAGCGGAAAGCGAGGUCCUACAGAAAAUUGUUGACUACAGCAAUGAGAAAGUCGUAAAGAAAGAAGAGUCUCUGAAUGUGGUGGCUUCCACAAAGAAGCUGUCCACGACCACGCGGGCCAGCGGAGCCGGGGGGAGUGGCGACGCUUCUGUCAAGUCCUCACGUCCCCUCAUCACCCAACCGCCUUCCACCAGCCUGGGCGUACGUUCGCGGGUUGCCUUACCGCCCUUGGUUUCUGAGCGCCAUUCCCGCCUCAGCGUCAUCUCCGACUGUCGUUUGCGCAGCUUGAGAUUGGACACCCAGUACGAGGUGGGCUCGGAGAAAAUGGACCAAUCGCCAACCGACAACAUAAAGCGCAAACAGACUCGU